AUGACACUGUUUUUCUUUGGCUCGUCCUCUUUCCAGUACAAGCCUGAAUCAUGUACGCUACAAGCUCACAAAGGCGACAAGAUUAAAGUGCAUUAUCGUGGGACACUCACUGAUGGAUCAUUAUUUGAUUCUAGCUACGACAGAGGUGAUCCCUUCGAAUUUACUCUUGGGAACGGCCAGGUGAUAAAAGGUUGGGACCAAGGUUUACGUGUCGGCGAAAAGCGAAAGUAAGACCUAAGAAUACCCGCAAAGAUGGGUUACGGCGAGCGAGGCUCCCCACCAAAGAUUCCAGGCGGUGCAACUCUUGUUUUCGACACGGAGCUCAUCGCCGUGAAUGGGAAGACGUCUGCUGGCGCCGCCGCGGAGAGCGACGACAGCGAGCUUUGAUGCAUGUUUGACUUGCGUUUCUGCGAGUUCGUCGCCUGAAAGGGCCGCCGUUUUUGAACGAUUUUCCAUCAUGUUUAAAGUGUUACAGAGACCGGUUAGAUUGCUGUACCAAAGGAUCGUUAUGACCAACAGCUGAUCUAUAUGACGCGAAACAUCUUUU